AUGGGCGUCGGGGUGGAAAGACCACUGGGGCCAGGGAUCGGGUCCAGUGGAUUGGCGGACGAAGGCGGAGAGGAGCCGGAGAUCCAGGAAGAGGAGGAGGAUGUGCCGUACGACGAGGGAAGGCGAGGUGCGGGGGCUACAGCGAGGCCCGCAUUCGGAUGGGUGGAAGGGCCGACAGCAGCGGCAGAAUUUCGGGAGCCGCGGGGAACGACCGCCGGAGUGGGGCGCGGCGUGUUCAAAGGGGCCGUCCAAGGAACCCUGAUGCAACCCUUCCCCAUGCCUCCCAGACAGCAUCAACGGGCCGCAGAAUGGAUGCAAAGGAGGGAAGAGCUCAAACUGGAAUACGGAGGGGAAUCAUCUGAACUGAACUUUUUCCUCAUUGGCAUCAGAGGAUAUAUGGAAGACAAUGCACACACAUUCCCCUCCGAAGGAAGCAUGGUUCGGGCCAUCGGCAACACACUAAAGAGAGGAGCAGCCAGCUGGUAUGUGCAACUACAUGCCAGACGCGACCCGUGCCUGAGGUCAGUGCCCCGCUUCCUCGCCGCACUUGAAAACCGGUUCAGAGACCGGCUAGAGCAAUUGAGGGCUCGAGACCAGCUUAAAGGAAUAAAGCAGAGGGACAAAACGGUGCCCGAGUACGCAGAGGAAUUCCUCCAUCUCGCGGAAAGGGUGCCAGAGUGGUCUGAAGUGACCAAAGUGGAGAUAUUCAAAGAGGGACUACGCCCCAAGGUUUUUAGUUGGGCAGCGCACAGAGACGACCCAGAAACACUCCAGGGCUGGAUACAACUAGCGGGGCGCGUCGAAUCCACCCUGGCCCAAGUAAAGCGUUUCAGGGGCGGCGGCGGCGGCCAGCAAAGACCGGUGGCGAGGGGUCGAGGAGAAACGAGGAAGCAGGAAAGGCCCGGAGGGAGGCCGGGGAUCCCCUUCAAAGGAGAUGACAACAAACCCAAGCCGGGAUGCUUUGUAUGUGGGAAGACGGGCCAUCGAGCAGCAGAAUGUUGGGCCCGGAAGGGGGAGCCGCCAAAACCCUCAAAGCCCAAGCCAGCAGCCGGGAGACGAGCGGAGGAGGAGGUGCGAGCCCCAGAAUCUCCGGAAAGGCUGAAUUGUGAUGAAAGAAGCACCGAAGAGGAGGAUGGAGAAAAAGAGGGCGCCAUGUCAUGGAACCAAGUCCCAGGGCUGAAUUUCCAAGCCCUGGACUUGGAGUCAUAACAUAAAUAAUCCUGGAAGCACCUGGCAGAAGAAGAUAGAAGAGCCUGGGAACUCGGGGUUGAAAGUAUAAACAAUUAUAAUUGGUAGAGUGUGUGGGAAUAGUAGAAAUGUAAUACAGGGGGUGGGGUUUGAUGAUGAUAUUUACGUGUGGUGUUACGUUGCAUCAGAGGUGAUAAAAAUGAUUGUAUGUAAACAUUAGGUCAUUCUCGACUUUUUCCAAAGUCAUGUAUUCUUCAAUAAAGAUUGGAUUUGAGAGCAGCUAUCUUUGAUCUGCGUUCAGACUAGUCCUUUGAAGUGAGCCUGACAUUUUGUCUCAUGUUAGAGUACAUGCGAAGGAACUGCCCAAGUGUCUGUUGAGUACGUUCUACUGCCCCGUUUGUCAUGGGGUGAAAAUUCACGAUAGCCAGUCCAAAGGUAGUUUUCCGAAGUCGGUAACCAGAGCCGAAGUGAAGUCAAUCCAAAGCCAGGAAGGAAGAAAGAUGCAACUGCAAUAAGCCAAUCCAAACGUCGUUACCGGGGGUCAUCAAACAGAGCUGAAGUCGCCAGUCCAAAGGCCCAGGAAGGGAGAAAAGCACACUCACGAUAGUCCAGUCCAAAUCCAAGAGUCACAGGAACCAGGAACGCCAAGCUGUAGAGCCAGGACUCAAAGCCCAACAGGAAAAACAGGCAGGGACAAACUUAUGCCAAAAUGACACUUUGCCUUCUGCAAAGGAUCCCCAUUUCAGACCCUACUUUUAACUUACACAUCAUUAUCUGAAGAUGAGCUGGCCUCCACCCCAUCGUCAUCUCCCACAGCUG